AUGGGACUCCACAAAAUUAUUAUCAUCACCAUUAUCAUCUCCUUUGUCAGCAUUACUAAGUCAACUCAUCCUCCAUUUUCAUGUGACAUAUCCAAUCCAGAUACCAGAAAAUUUCGGUUCUGUAAUUCCUCAUUACCCAUUACGCAAAGAGUAGAUGAUCUAAUUUUACACCUGAAUUUGGACGAGAAAAUAUCACAAUUGGGUAACACAGCACCAGCCAUUCCACGGCUAAAUAUCCCUGCUUAUGAGUGGUGGUCAGAGGCGUUACACGGACUAUCGACAGAAGGAGAAGGAGUUACUUUUAAUGGAAGUAUUACAUAUGCAACACAGUUCCCUCAGAUCAUUCUUACUGCUUCUACUUUUGAUGAACAUCUCUGGUAUCGUAUUGCUCAGGUAUAUAUUAUUUUGCUCGCAAUUGCAAGAGAGGCAAGAGCAGUAUACAAUGCUGGUGAACUAAAGGGAAUGACAUUCUGGGCACCAAAUGUGAACAUAUUAAGGGAUCCAAGAUGGGGAAGAGCACAAGAGACAGCUGGUGAAGACCCAAUGAUGGUUGGAAAAUAUGCAGUGGCUUAUGUAAGAGGACUUCAAGGGGAUAGUUUUGAAGGUGGAAAACUCAAAGAUGGGCAUCUUCAAGCUUCAGCUUGCUGCAAGCACUUUGCUGCUCAAGAUUUAGAUUACUGGAAUGGCCACCAUCGUUUCACCUUCGAUGCUCAGGUUACACCACAGGAUAUGGCAGAUUCAUUUCAACCACCAUUUAAGACUUGUGUGGAAGAAGGAAAAGCCACCAGUCUAAUGUGUGCUUAUAGUCGUCUAAAUGGGGUCUCGAACUGUGCUAACUAUGAUCUCCUGACUAAGACUGCUCGUGGACAGUGGGGUUUCAACGGUUACAUUAUAUCAGAUUGCGACGCAAUUCGUGUUAUGCACGAUGCCCAGGGAUACACAAUUGAAGAUGCAGUUGCAUCUUCUCUCAAAGCUGGUAUGGAUGUAAAUUGUGGUUCCUUCGUGACAAACUACACGAGAUUAGCUUUGGAGAAGAAGAAAUUACAAGAAUCUGAUAUAGACAGAGCUCUUCGCAAUAUCUUCUCCAUUAGAAUGAGGCUAGGACUAUUCAAUGGUGAUCCAAAAAAACUGGAAUAUGGAGACAUUUCACCUAUAGAGGUUUGUAGUAAAGAGCACCAGGAUCUAGCCCUUGAAGCAGCAAGAAAUGGCAUUGUCCUUCUAAAGAAUUCUGCCAGACUGCUUCCGCUUUCUAAGAUCAACACAACAUCCUUUGCUGUAAUAGGUCCAAAAGCAAACGAUUCUGACUUACUUCUAGGUAAUUAUGCAGGCAUUCCCUGCAAUAAUGUUUCAUUACUCCAAGGAUUUCAGCGUGUUGUGAAAAACUUAGGCUAUCAUCCAGGCUGCAAUUUUGUCAACUGCACUUCUGCUGCAAUAGAUGAAGCAGUAGAUGUUGCAAAAAAGGCACAGUUUGUUGUUUUAGUGAUGGGAUUGGACCAGCGUGUGGAGAGGGAGAACUGGGAUCGCGUAGAUUUGGGGCUACCUGGCCAGCAAGAGAUUCUUAUUAACGCAGUAGCUCAAGCUGCUGUAAAACCUGUUAUACUGGUGUUAGUAGGUGGAGGCCCAAUUGAUAUUUCUUUCGCCAAGAAAAACCCGAAAAUCGGAGGCAUCUUGUGGAUUGGUUACCCUGGGGAGGCUGGUGCAGCUGCAUUGGCACAGAUUAUAUUUGGUGAACAUAAUCCAGGGGGCAGGUUACCAGUGACUUGGUAUCCUAAGGAAUUCAUAAAAGUACCAAUGACAGACAUGAAUAUGAGGCCUAAUUCAUUGACUGGAUAUCCGGGGCGCACUUACAGAUUCUACCAAGGGCCAAAAGUUUAUGAAUUUGGCUAUGGUCUUAGCUACACUAACUAUUCAUACAAAAUUGCCUCUGUCAGCCAUCACAACCUCUGCUUCAAUAACCAAACAACUGACAAGUCAACAAAACAAGGUUCACUUCAUAAUAUUGCAAUUUCAAAUCUUGGAUCAGAGGUUUGCAACAAGGCUAAGAUAUCAGUUAAGGUUACGGUGAAAAACAAGGGGAAAAUUGCUGGUAAGCAUCCUGUGUUGUUGUUUCUUAGGCAUUCCAAGGUGAAGGAUGAUGAGGUUCCAAGAAAGCAGUUGAUUGGAUUCAAGAGUGUACAAUUAGGUGCAGGAGAAAAAACCAAGGUUAAAUUUAUUGUGAACCCUUGUGAACACUUUACAAGGGCUGAUAAAUAUGGUAUAUCAGUAAUUGAUGAAGGGAAAUAUUUUCUUGUUGUGGGAGAUGAGAAGAAACCUGUUACUGUUUCCAUAUGACCCUUUAAAUCAUAUAUAAAAGUACAGUCUUAAUAAUUAGAUCACAUUUGUAGUGUGCAUUUUAGUACUGUAAAGACUAUUCAUCUCCUUAUUGGAUUCAGUUGA